UGGCCGCUUUGCAGCAAGUGCACUUUUUUUUGUAGAUUGUUCCAAUCGAAACAUAACGUAAAGCAAAAUUGAAUCCCCUGUCGAUUGGAAAGCCAUCAGAGGGCAGUGGAAUCAUGGAUCAGGUGACGGACAAUCAAGUGCAAACGCCGGAACCCGUCGAAACGAAGGAAUCCUGUCGGGAGGUUGACAAAACCAAGGAACUAGAACCAAAAACAGCGGCGCUGGAAACGCUUGCAAAAUGUGCGGGUCCCACUGAUUUGGAGGAUGAGCUGGCCGAUAUAAAUGGCUCGGACGAGGGCGCCGGUCUGGACGAACUGAGCUCGUUGGAACAGGAGAUCGCUAAGCUGCACAACAUUCGACCGCCCGAUGCGUCCGCUGAGGUUGUAGAUUCCGUCCCUCCAAGUGGCGGUGCGGAUAACAGUGGCUUGGAGUCCCGCGUGGCCGCUGAUGAUUUGUCCAGUGCUUCGCCACUCCAAGAGGAAACCCAGGAUGCCUCUGGCAAUGGCACGAUUCCCAGCGAAUCCCCCUUGGAGGAGGUGGACUUGAUUGCCCUGCUCAAGGGCACGGAUACCAGUCAUGAGCAACCUUCGGGCGACGACAAGUGCGCCCUGGAGAAGGCUCUCUCCGAGUUGGACGGCGUGGAGGGUAAUGUGGACAUCGGUGUUACCAUUGAGGGAGAGGGUCAGUUCGAGAUAAUGGAGAUCGACGACGACGAGGGCGACUCAGCCUCUCGCAAGGCGAGUCCUAAGGUGACCGUCUCUAAGCCAAAAAAGCCAACUGCAACCACCACUUCCUCCGCUACCAUUCCGAAGCAUAAGCUAUCGCCAGAGCAAGCCAGAGCUGUGGCUCUUGAACAGAUGGCCGGCCUGAAGCCCAAGUCGCGUCGCAAAGAUCCUCCGCCAGUGGUCAAGCCAGUGGAUAUCGUCAGCUCGCUGAACGACGAUUGGGAUGACUACGAUUCAGAAGAGGACGAGAAGUCCGCAUCCACUGCUCCCGCGACAGCUUUGAUUACCGAAGUGAUAACCCUUCCCCCAGUCAAAUUGGGGAAUAAAAAGCCGCCUCUGCCUCCGAAAAAGGUGCCAUCGCCCAACAAAGCCAGCCAGACUUCUCCGGUUUUGCUCAACAACAAGAUCAGCAGUGUUAAAGUAAUGCUAAAGACCGUAAGCCAAAAGCAAUUGGCGGCAUCAACGAGCUCGGUCGUUGCUGUGCCAUCUCCCAAGGAGACCGAAGAGCCAACCACAGGUUUUAAGCGUAUGCGUGUUAUCAAGAGGAAGAUCAUUUGGGAUCCGGAUGUGCCGGAGACGAAAAAGUCCUUUGCGCAGUAUGCCACCGCAAAGGCAACGGCCAAAGCAACCUCCCCAGCACCUCCCGCGCCAAAACCGACAGUCAAGAGCAUUUCCCCCAGUACAACGAUCAAGAAGGAGGUGUCUCCUAAGAAACGGGCUGCAACGCCGACUGCUAAGACCAGCAAAGCUGCAGCUCCGGUUGGAGGAGCAGAGAGGAGCUUGUCUCCAGUCAAACGACGCUCGCAAACACCCAACGCAGGUCUGGCCAACGGUGGAGUACAAAAAAAGAAGGUCUCUGAGAUCGAUCGCCUGAUGGGCGACGAAGGUGCGGCCAACAUGAUCCACGCGGUGGAGCAUGAGCAGCGCGAGAUGAGCGGCGGAGAGGUGUCCAACAAGCCGCUAAUGCGCAAACGGUCCAUGACCAUAACAGGAAGGAAUCAAACAAUCCGUGCCGCAGUGGAGCCUACGCCUCCCAAAAAGGAGUCAGCGUCUCCGGCCACCAAGCGAUCGACUUCGGGUGCAGAUUCCGUUUUUACUAAGACCACCGCCUCCACAACCACCAGCAAGCCACGCGCAUCUGAUUCCUGGGACUAUGUGUACAAACAGCGCGCCAGCGAGGAGUCCAUGAUUAUGAGACGGCGCUCCAACAGCUCCUAUUCCAGCAACGCCUCCGUUAGCCGCAAUUCGCUGGACAACAAGCCGGGAGCAUCCAACCUUUCUGAUGAUGCAGCCGAAGGCUCUGAUCCAUCCUUCAAGUUCCUGAAGCCCGUAAACAAGACAAACCAAAGGGGCGGCGAGCCGACGGAUGGGGUGUCAUCGCACACACUUGCCAACGACAUGAAGGCCAACAGCAGGGGCGAACUUGUGGUUGUGCACAAGGUUGGCAAGGUGGCUCACCUGGUGAUACGCACGCAUCACGGCAAAUCCGGUUACACAUACAGCAGCCAGCUACUGGAUCAGUUGAGCGACACGCUGGCCAGUGUGGCCCGCAAAAGCGAGUUCAACACAGUGCUGCUCACCGUUGAGGGUCAGCAGUUCUGCCAGGGCAUUGAUUGCCAGGAACUGGUGCAUGGAUCAUUCGAGAAGCGCAGGAGUAGUGCCAAUCAGCUUGCUCUGGCCCUGAAAACAUAUCUGCGCACUUUGGCCACAUUUCCAAAGCCCGUGGUGGCUGGCAUCGUUGGCAACCUGAUUAAUCUGGGCGUGAUGCAGCUGCCUUUGGUUGAUUACGUGGUGGCCGCAGAUGAUUGUUGCUUUGAGACCAACUAUGCCAAGUUGGGCCAGCUGCCCGAGGGUUACGCUCUGUGGCAUGGCCAUGAAAAGGUCCCCAGUCAAGUGCAUUCACGCCUAUUUCUGUUGGCUGAAAGACUUUUUGCCCCCGAACUUUUGGGGCCACAAAGCUUCGUUGACAAGAUCUGCAAGGCCCGCAAUGUUUGCGAUGAGGCUUUGGCAGUAGCCAAACAAAUAUCUACUAGCUCCGCGGAGAUGUAUCGCACGCUGAAAAGUCUCAACCACUCAGCGAAAAAUGCGGAAAAAUUUCCGGGUCUGGACGAGGAACUAAAUGUUAUAGCCGAGCAAUGGUUGACUGCGAGUUGCUUGUCUAAUUUCAAGCGUUAUCUCAGCGACGUUGACUUCUAGGACAUAGACUAAGAAUUAUUAUAUACCAUAACGCAUUGGUAGAUAAAUUCGCAUACACAAACUCGUACAAUUUAAUAUCAUACACUAAGUUGAGUCCUUUUAGGAAUUUCGUUCUGGACUUUUAGACUAUCGAACUAAGACUUUAUACUUUCACCCAAAAACCACAUGUGUAAUAUUUUGUAUCCUAUUGUAAAGUAGUGACGCAGUGCAAAUUGUAUGAAAAUUUAGGCCAGCAGUAUCUGUAGAUUCUGUUAUACUUUAAUUCGGAAAACACACGUUUUGUUAGUCUUAAACGUGAAAUACUGUCCCAUCAAAGAAAAAGGUAUGACUGUUGAAAAAGGUUUUGAAUCCUGAAUAAAUUCCCAAACAAAAUCCAAAA